AGGGCGGGAAGGCGGGCCCUGCUUCCCCUCAGUGGCGCCUGCGCUGAGCUCUCCGCGCUUCUCCGGCGUGGAGCAGCGGGGUCGGGGGUGGCCGAGUCGCUGAGGGGCUGAGCGGCGGUAGGAAUCCCCUCCCUCCUCCUCGCUCUCCUCGGCCAUGAACGCGGAGAACUUCGGCUCCAGCGAGCGGCUGGUGACGGCGGCCUAUGUGCGGCAGGGGGCGCAGGGCCGCCGGGCCCAUGAGCUGCGGCUGCGGGCCCUGCUGGAGCAGGGGAAAUGUCCUGAAGAUGGAUGGGAUGAAAGCACCAUUGAACUGUUUCUUCAUGAACUUGCUAUAAUGGAUAGCAAUAACUUUCUGGGCAACUGUGGUGUGGGUGAGAGGGAAGGAAGAGUGGCAUCAGGGCUCGUUGCCCGAAGGCAUUACAGGUUGAUCCAUGGAAUUGGAAGGUCAGGUGAUAUUUCUGCAGUCCAACCUAAAGCUGCAGGGUCUAGCCUUUUGAACAAACUUACUAAUUCAGUAGUUCUGGAUAUCAUAAAGCUGGCUGGUGUCCGGACAGUCACCAAUUGCUUUGUGGUUCCUAUGGCAACUGGCAUGAGUCUAACUCUGUGUUUUUUAACAUUGCGGCACAAGAGACCAAAGGCAAAAUACAUUAUCUGGCCACGUAUAGACCAGAAAUCUUGCUUUAAAUCAAUGAUAACUGCAGGUUUUGAGCCUGUGGUGAUAGAAAACGUGUUAGAAGGCGAUGAGCUACGGACAGACAUUGAAGCAGUGGAGGCUAAAAUCAAGGCUCUUGGUGCUGAAAAUAUUCUUUGUGUGCAUUCCACCACGUCUUGCUUUGCUCCAAGGGUACCUGAUAGACUGGAGGAACUGGCUGUGAUUUGUGCUAAAUAUGACAUUCCCCAUAUUGUCAACAAUGCCUAUGGAGUUCAGUCUUCAAAAUGUAUGCAUCUCAUCCAGCAGGGUGCUCGAGUAGGCAGAAUAGAUGCCUUUGUUCAGAGCUUGGACAAAAAUUUUAUGGUUCCAGUAGGUGGUGCUAUCAUUGCUGGCUUCAAUGAGCCCUUCAUUCAGGAGAUCAGCAAAAUGUAUCCAGGAAGAGCAUCUGCGUCUCCUUCCUUAGAUGUCCUCAUUACGCUUCUGUCUCUGGGUGCCAGUGGCUACAAGCAGUUACUGAAAGAAAGAAAGGAGAUGUUUUCCUAUCUUUCAAGUGAGCUGAAGAAGCUGGCAGAUAACCACAAUGAGAGACUGUUAGACACACCACAUAAUCCUAUUUCCUUAGCAAUGUCGCUGAAGAACCUUGAUGAAAAUAAUGAUGUUGCUGUUACCCAACUUGGAUCUAUGCUUUUCACAAGACAAGUUUCUGGAGCAAGGGUUGUUCCCUGUGGGGCUGUACAAACAGUGAAUAACUACACUUUUAAAGGCUUUAUGUCACACGCAAAUGACUAUCCCUGCGCUUACCUCAACGCUGCCUCAGCAAUUGGAAUUAAGAAGCAAGAUGUAGAUGUGUUCCUAAAAAGACUGGACAAGUGUUUGAAGGCUUCUAGAAAAGAAUCAAAGAAAGAGAAAGGUGUAAACGACAUAAGUAAUUCUAAUGCGGGCACAGAACAACUUGAAGACCAGAAGAUAGAGAUUUAGUAACAUGGGAAGAUGCACUUUGGUUUGACUUGUGUCAGGUUUGUAUUGGGUUAGCACUGUGAAUCUGCAGCAGAGAAAAAUCUAUUCCUGAUCUGAAAAAAUACUUGGGUGAAAAUACCGAAAAAUACUUGGGUGAAAUUCAGCUUUAAAGAAAGUAGGUGAGAUUCCCUCCAAGACAGAAGGCCAGGCGCAAUUUUUUUGCGGUGCAUGAACGCGCUUAAUAUCUGCCAAAGUAAAGCACUGCAUCCCUAAAGACCUUGAGCUGGCCUUUCAGUCCGUGGGUGACUUAUUUGGAACCUGGUGUUCAGCAAAUCACAGAAUGCUUAUUCACAUAUUCUUGAUUAACAAGAUUUUCUGUGGCAGUGAUUGAAUUCCUUCCCAGCUAUAGGCCAUCCAGCAAGAAAUGGUUCACUGCUAUCAAAAUAUCUGUUUCUCAUCAGCGUACUUGCCAAUUUUCAUUUAUUUUCGAAGAUUUAUAUAAGUGUUGGGGUAGGCCUUACUAAAUACAGUGUUAAAGCUGCAUGAGGAAAUGGUAGAGUUGGAACAGCAGCGUUUGCAGGUGUUCUCACCUCUCAAGGACACUCUGGAACAAAGCAGUCCUCAGUGGCAAAGGAAAACCUAGAAUACCUCAUAUCCUCUCAGCUCUUGGAAACAUUUGCGUAGUUCAGCAACCCAAAGGAAUUUAUUUUAAUAAUGGGAGCAAGGGGUUGUGGAGCGGAGAGGUACAGUUGUCUUUUUUUUUUCUUCUUCUUUCUUUCUUUUUUCUGUUUCAUCUUUUCUUUGAUCAGGCAAUCAGGUUGGAGCCCCACUGAAAAGGAGGAAUGCCUUGUGGGAUUAAUGCAGCAGUUUCAAGAGCCAGUGAGACCUGAGGAUGUUUUGGCAUUUUUAGUCCAUUGUUUUUUAAAUUUCUGAAACAUCUCCUGCCAUUGGCACUGUUGCUUCUGUGGCUGUUGUUUAUUUGAAUUCAUUAAGCAACCAGUGGAUUCAGAGCCCAUUCCUGAAACAAAGGUUUCGUAUCACCAGAAUGCCAGUGCUGCAGGUUGCAAAACUUCCAGUUAAUUAUUCUUAAAUGCAUUGACUACAUUGUAUGUAGUUUUUAUGUCCUUUGCUGUUCAAAGUGAGCUUAAUGCUCAAAGACGUUUUCUUUGUCUGUUUGUAACGUAGUAAUUCUUGAGGCGCCACAAUUGAUGAGUUCUAAAUGUCAGGAAAUACUUGUGCAAACACAUCCGAGGAGAAAUGUAAUAUAACUUGACCACCAAGUCAUUGUGGCUAUAAGGAGGUGUUUUUUUUUUUUUUAAUUGAGAACAUGCAGUGCCUCAGUUUUUCCAGUCAAUAAAUCUCUUCCACAAGGUCGGGAGUCAAAACUCUGCCCCAGAAUUCAGUAUAUUGGAGGAGCCGGUGAAAACCUCAACGCCUUAGUGAUACCUUUCUUCCUGGUUCUCAAUCCUGCUGUGCUGUGCCUGGAUGACUAUAAAUUAUUGAUUUAGAUGACUAAGUCACAGAAUGCAAACAUUAGAACUAUUGUCACGAGAGUUUAGGGAGGUGGGUGGUGGCAGCUAAAAUAAGCAUUUGAUGAAUAACAUCCUGAAACUGAAUAAGGAAAACAGCGGUUGCAUUCUCUGAGAGGAAGAAACCUCUACCUUUGAUGUUCUCCUAAUAAAUUGCCUGCUGCAAAUAAUUCACUCACUUCUACUAUAAAUUGAACUGCUUUCUCAGGUAGUGUUUUUGCUGUCUUCAAAAUGCUUCCCAUUUGAAGUGAAAGCUGGAAAUUUUAACAAAUCUCUAUACACAAUUAAGUGGUUUGUUUUGAUUUUUGACCUUUUAAGCUUUUUUUUUUAAUUUUAAAAACAGUUUGAGAUGAUGGCUUUAAUUGAAAAAAAAACCAACACAAAACCACAUUUUAAUUCAUGUGUCAUUACAUCUCUUUGCAAAUCUUAAUGACGCCACCCGAAGUCAGGAAAUUAAAACUAUUUUGAGAAAUCUGUCCGGUCAUGAUGUAUAAACUCUUGAUUGAAAUGUUUGUGGUAUGUUACUUUGGUAAGCUGCUGUACCAGUUUUCCAUUUUGUUUGCUCCCUUUGCCCCCUUAAAUGUCUUCAGUUAAUAUUACAUUUUUAGAGAUGAAAGCAUUCUAUAAUGUCACUAUAAAUAAAAUGAAAUUUUAAGUAAUUCGAAAGGCAAUAUAAUUUCAAGUAAAUGGAGAAUAAUUGGUUAUUUAGGACAUUCAGUAGAUAAAAAGUAUUUUUCAAGAAAGAGUAUAAAUCACUUAUUCUCUAUCCACUAAUUUCUGUAAUAAAGUAGUGAAGUAAUACUGGAACAUACACCCCUGA